GGCCGAUGUGCAUUGUGGGAUUUCAGCCGGUGCCGCUAACGGUGUAACGUGAACGUCUUCAAGAUGAUGCCCACACCAGUGAUCCUGCUGAAGGAGGGGACAGACACGUCCCAGGGUGUCCCCCAGCUUGUCAGCAACAUCAACGCGUGCCAGGUGAUCGCCGAGGCCGUGCGCACCACCCUGGGCCCCCGCGGCAUGGACAAGCUCAUGGUGGACAGCAGAGGUAAAGCCACCAUCUCCAACGACGGCGCCACGAUCCUGAAGCUUCUGGACGUGGUCCACCCCGCCGCCAAAACCCUGGUGGACAUCGCCAAGUCCCAGGAUGCUGAGGUGGGCGACGGAACGACCUCAGUGACCCUGCUGGCAGCGGAGUUCCUGAAACAGGUGAAGCCGUACGUGGAGGAGGGGCUGCACCCCCAGACCAUCAUCCGCGCUUUCCGCUGCGCCACCCAGCUGGCUGUGAAGAAGAUCAAAGAAAUUGCUGUUACCGUGAAGAAGGACGAUAAGCAGGAGCAGAGGAGUCUGUUGGAGAAGUGUGCCGCCACAGCCCUGAACUCAAAGCUGAUCGCCGGGCAGAAGCAGUUCUUCUCCAGAAUGGUGGUGGAUGCUGUCAUGAUGCUGGACGAGCUGCUGCCGCUCAAAAUGAUCGGGGUGAAGAAGGUGCAGGGCGGAGCGCUGGAGGACUCUCAGCUGGUGGCGGGCGUGGCCUUCAAGAAGACCUUCUCCUACGCCGGCUUCGAGAUGCAGCCCAAGAAGUACGAGAACCCCAAGAUCGCCCUCCUCAACAUCGAGCUGGAGCUGAAGGCAGAGAAGGAUAACGCCGAAGUCCGGGUCAACUCCGUGGAGGACUACCAGGCCAUCGUGGAUGCCGAGUGGAACAUUCUGUAUGACAAGCUGGAGAAGAUCUACAAGUCCGGGGCCAAGGUGGUGCUGUCCAAGCUGCCCAUCGGAGACGUGGCCACGCAGUACUUCGCUGACCGCGACCUGUUCUGCGCCGGGAGGGUGCAGGAGGAAGACCUGAAGAGGACCAUGAUGGCCUGUGGCGGUUCCAUCCAGACUAGCGUGGGCUCCUUGACUGACGACGUCCUUGGACAGUGCGCAGUUUUCGAGGAGGUCCAGGUCGGGGGAGAGAGGUAUAACUUCUUCAAAGGCUGCCCGAAGGCCAAGACGUGCACCAUGAUCCUGCGUGGGGGGGCGGAGCAGUUCAUGGAGGAGACGGAGCGCUCGCUGCACGACGCCAUCAUGAUCGUCCGCCGCGCCAUCAAGAACGACUCGAUCGUGGCCGGAGGCGGGGCCAUUGAGAUGGAGCUGUCGAAGUACCUGCGGGAUUACUCCCGGACCAUCCCGGGGAAGCAGCAGCUGCUGAUCGGGGCCUACGCCAAGGCCCUGGAGAUCAUCCCACGCCAGCUCUGUGACAACGCCGGCUUCGAUGCCACCAACAUCCUCAACAAGCUGAGAGCCAAGCACGCACAGGGUGGUAUGUGGUAUGGCGUGGACGUGAACAAUGAGGACAUCGCCGACAACUUCCAGGCGUGUGUGUGGGAGCCGUCGGUGGUGCGCAUCAACGCCCUGACCGCCGCCUCCGAGGCCGCCUGCCUCAUCCUGUCCGUGGACGAGACCAUCAAGAACCCCCGUGCGUCCGUCGACGCUCCUCCGGCGGGGAGGGGCAGGGGGCGGGGCCGCCCGCACGCCCACUAAACGCCGCCUGCGACCCCUGAUCUCUGACCCCUAACGUGGGGCGGACCUGCUGCGGACAGAGGACUGUAGGAUGGCAGCGUGUGCUGUCUGCACUCCUAACAGGCACUUGUUACUGUUCCACCCUUACCUGCCACAUGGCACAUAUACAUGUUAUGUUUCCCCCCCCCCACGCCACAGUGUCCCGUUCAAGGCCCUGUAACUCAGCAGCAUCCAUGAAUAGAAAGCCCCCCCCGUGCGCUCUGUUCCGGCCUGGGGAGGGACACUCCAGCUGUUUGUCAUUCUCUGUAGGGAGCUAUUUAUUGGACCAGUAAACACACUUCUGCUGAA